UCCGGAUGCGGCAGCGACUCCGAUCGGGCCUCAAGGCCCCCUCGAGGAUUUUGCUGACGUAGACGAUGACGUCACAUCAGCGUGAGACCGUCGGGACAUCAUUGUCACAGCCGUACGCCUUGGCGAUUCUGGGUAGACGUGAUUAGAGAACCUCAAGUAAGAAAGAUUUUUGAUGAAACUCAGCCAUGAGACGGUUACGAUAGAACUGAAAAAUGGCACCCAAGUUCACGGAACUAUCACAGGUGUGGAUGUGGCCAUGAACACCCACUUAAAAACUGUGAAGAUGACGAUAAAAAACAGAGACCCUGUACAACUCGAUACGUUGAGUUUGAGGGGAAACAACAUUCGAUACUACAUUCUGCCUGAUUCCCUUCCCUUGGAAACUCUGCUUAUCGAUGACACGCCCAAGGCUAAAGCAAAGAAGAAAGAAGCCGCACGAGGUGCGGCUCGUGGAAGAGGCCGUGGUGGACGUGGCGCUAGAGGUGGACGUGGAGGUCGUGGCAGAGGAAGAGGCAGGCGAUAGUGUUUGAAAUAGUUGAUCCAUUGAUGAUUUUUGAGAAACGUAACGAGGUGUUGUAUUCUGCGAUUUCUCUUCCCACGCACCUCGGUGAAUUACACCACUGACCAACGUUUUAUAUUCUUAAACAAGUCUAAUACCAAUGCAUUCUAGUUUAAGUUCGAUAAAAACGUUGAUAUUUCACAGACAUGAAGUUAGCCUGUAAGCCUUAUCUGACGUAAUAAUAAAAUGAAAUUCUUUUUUUUUUUUUGUCAGGAACAAUCAUCAAAUCUUUUUUAUACACAAAAGCAUUUUCGUAUUUUUAAUUUAACGAUAUUCAUUAAUCUUUUGGCGUGUGUUACAGACUAGGUAAUUUAAUGCUUAGCCAAGUUGUAUGGAAAUAGUGAAUUUUAUUUCAUGAUUAUGUGAUUAUAGUAUUACGCGAUAGUAUUGCAAGUUUUCUAUUACUAUUCAAAUAAAGAAACUAGCCGAAUUUGACGUUACCGCGUCGUAUAUAAAAGUGUUGUGGAUCGGCUUGAAUUGAUUAGUUAUGAAUUUUAUAGUCUCCUGCGCAGCUAGCCCUCCUAAGAACGCCGACACCGAAUGUAGUUCAGAUCCGCCGUAACGGCAAAAUUCAUGGACGUAGUCAUCCUUUGCCAAUGGCCCACAACCCCACUCCAUCAGCAAUUUUGAAAUACAGGCCUGAGUACACAUACAAACGUAGAAAUAUGUUACAUAUUAUGAAAGCUUUGUUCCUAUUGGUAUGGUGGCCCUAAAAACAGAUUUGAAAAUUCCUGUGUUGUUGAGAAUCAGAAUUACACGAUUAUACAGAA